AUGAGGGGGAGAGAGGGGAGCAGAAGGCGGGGUGGUGGGGAGAAGUGUGACGGACACGGGGCGGCGGCGGUGGCGGUGGCGGUGGCGGCGGCCACGGCCGUGGUGCCACAGCCUAAAGAUCAUCGCAGCAGACAAGUGCUUGAGGCAGUUGUGAACAUCCACUCUACGCCGGUGGAGCUUGGCGGGGUUGCUCGCAGUUUGUCACCUGUGGACAAAACAGCGCGCAGUGGCUGGCCUGCGAAGAUGGAGCGCUGGCUGCUGGCGCUGCUGGUGGCGCUCGCAGCGGUGCAGUGCGCAGGCGCCGUGCCGGCGGACCCCGGGCGCGAAGACGCCAAUAAAAAGGCUCAGAGCCCCAGUCACAACAGCAAGAACUCAUUACCCAUCAACGCAGUUGCCGAGCAAAGCAAUGGGCAAGCUAAUGAAUCGCAAAGCAACAAGAAUCACUCUGAACACGAAAGUCCAAAGCAAAGCGAGAGUCAUAAGUCGCAGCCUGAGGGCAACGACGUACCCGGAGCGACUCAAGGCGGCUCCAAGACAGAAAACAAAGCGAGCGGAGGACCAAAGGAGGGAGCGAAGAGCCCCGACAAUAAAAAAGACAAGAAGGCGGAUAACGAACCAAAAGAUGAACUAAAAAAGGCAUGCAACGAAACAAGCGACUGCGCCCCCUACAAUGGCACGGCCUGCGUUGCGGACAGUGACGGCCAACGACGUUGUUUGUGCGGAAACCGGAAGCUCCCUCGGAACAGCACCUUCUGCAAAGACAUUCGCCGCUACGCAAAAUUCCCUUGCAGUAAGGACAGCCAGUGCAUUCCUAAUGCAGCCUGCAAACUCGUCCCGACUUACACCAAUCCACAUGUGGCACACACGCCAGACUCAACGGCAUUAAUCUGCUGGUGCGUGGAUGGGUUUAACUUCACUAAAGACCACUCACAAUGUCUGGAUCCUCUGUCCCUCUACAAAGAAGAGGAAAGGGAGAAGUUCAACACGUUUCGAACGGAGCUGAAAACUUUGCAAGAGAAACAGAAAAAAUCGGAAAUGCGGUUGCAGAAGCUGGAAAAUUCGGGGCAUUACUUGCUUCCUUCUUUAACAAUAACAAUAUUAAUGGCGGCAUCUAUGCUUGUAGUUCACUAGCAGACCAAUUGCAUCUAUUAAUAUUAUUAUAAAAAGUAUAAAUGUUUAUUUUUGCAAGAAGUUAUAAACUAGUUAAUAGAAGUGAUAUAUCAAUAACAAUAUUUGUUCAGAAUCAUUGUUGUAAACAAUUGUUUUAAAUUGUUCCAGGUUAUAUACUAUUUUAAUUCAGAAGUAUAUUGCAAUUUACAUCACAAAAAUAGAGCUUUCUUUUUUUUAAGGAUUUUUUUUACUUAUCUGCAUUUGUUGAUACACCAUCUAUUACUCUUUCGAUAUUUAGCCUUCCAGACUCACUUUUGGAUUGCAAUACAAUACAAUUUUCUUAAAUACGUUAACUUCAAUGUAUUUAUUAAAAUUUUAUUAUUUACCAUAGCUUUAAUUAUAAAUCACGCUGCUACUCUGUCAUAAUUAACCCCUUUUUAUUACUAUAACCUUCACCCACCGUUUGUGAAGUGUACAUAAAAUAAAACGCUUCGUCUAUUUAUAAUUUUAUGUAACAUUAGUUCAUUUGUUCUAAUAUAUGUACAAUUAUUUGAAAAGAGGACAUACUUUCGUUCACCCCUGACACUAGUGUGGCAAUAUGAAACAAACGUAGGCACAGAAAAUGAAAUUUGUGUUUGCAAUGUUGUACAUCACAGUACAGUUUGUUUUCACCAGCAUUGUAUAAGCAAAAACGAAAGAGUGUCAAUUAUUUUGAUGAUUUUUAUAUGUAUUUAUUUCCCAUCAGAGCGUGAAAAACGUAGUGACGAGAAAUGUAGUUCUCUUCACUUUUGAACAUUAUUAAGUCAAGAAUUACACAUGGUAUGUUUAUUCAAAUCUGUCUUGGUAAAAUAAUUUUUUAAAAUUUCAAUGCAGGUUACAAAUGUUCCUACUUAAAAAUUGUGUUUCAAUAUCAUUUAAGAUUUCCAAUUGCUACUGAUAACCACUAGUCUGAAUUAACUUGUCGUGAAAGUAGUAUUUUCUUGAAAUCGACGGUGACUAAAAUUGCAAUCACUCUGCUAUCAGGGCAUUCUUGAAAAAAUGGACUAAUAAUCGAGACUGCUCAAACAAAUAUUGUGAGACAUUUGUCUCUGAUAAUUAAGCAACUCCUCAAGCAUCUGCGUUCGGCAGCAUUUAGUUUGAGUGCCUUUGAGUUCCUUAGAAAGUUACAUGCUGAACCCUUCGUGCAAAAUUGAGUAAUCAGAGUUUUCGGGCGCUUCAACUGUUAAGAUCAUUAUUCCUGUAGGUGUAGUGCAUGUUUUGCCGCAGAAUGGCGAGAUCCGGCUCCGGCCUACACGUCGGGCUGCAGGGUUUUCUGUGACCAGGUACCGUCCACCAGCAGGGCCCGCUCCAGGCGCUGGUCAAGCUUCAUGCUCCUGCCUGGCAUCUCGACAGUCGUAGUGGUGAAGUGAAUACAUGUGAACGUGUAAAUAAAGGAUGAGGACAUGACAAGAAGGAUGAAGGAAAGAUCGCGCGCGAGCGCCUGGCCCUUUUGUUAGGGUGCAGCUCCGGCCUUGUAAAACGUUGAAAAAGUACCCAUCAGAGGAGUCGGCGAUAUAAUUCUCGUCUGACAGUGGCUCCUAAUUGUGUCGAAAAUCCUGCCACUGGUAGGACUCGAACCCUAGGACUUACUAGUCAGAGACACUGCAGUGACAUCAGAUGGUGCCUUGAGCCAAACAAGUCAGUUCUUGUGCGGAGGGACCUAAUAAUCUGGGGCAAAUGUCAUAUUUCGUAAAUUGAGACGUCUUACAAAAGCUUUGUUUUAGAAAAUUUCCCCCCACGUAUUCAUGGGUAAGAAGUGGCCAUCUUCGAAUUUUCAAAGUGCCAUUGAAGUUUGUAAUAUUUAUUCUGAGCCACUCGAAGCUCGGCUAGUACCUCGGCUAGAACCUACUAGUAGGGCAAAAUCAACCAAGAAGACUGUUCUAAAACAAUAGAAAACUAAUCUAAACUAAACUGGUAUUGGAAUGUGCGUUCUCCGGGUUUGCAUAUGGUCCACGCUGUUCAGUCUUGUUACUUCUAGUCUCCCCCUACGGAGGCAGUUAAUACUUGCUUGAUACCGAUGAAGAUUGUUUCUUAUGCGUGUAGUAAAAACAUUCAUUUAACAUUUUGCCGAGGUCUACAAGUGCUGUUAACUUAAUUAUGCCUCUGCAUAAUUAAGUUAACAGCACUUGUAGCUGCUUCACUGUGGGUGUACUGGGUGGCUUCACUGUGGGUAUUGUACUUCACUGUGGGUGUGCAGUGAAGAGUAAAGACGUGUCUUCUUAGGUUUGAUUUGGUUGGUGUUUUACCUGGCCAAGUAUUUUCGUUAUGAGCUGUGAUUCUGUAAAAAUUUUAAAUACAGCAUAUUCAUUCACUUAGCUUUCUCAAGAGUAAAAAGCUUUUUU